AUGGGCCCAUGGAAGAAAAACCACACCUUAAACUCUGAGUUUAUUAUCCUGGGUUUUGGAGACCUGGCUGAAUUGAAAAUCCUCGUUUUUGGACUAUUUCUAAUCAUGCAUCUUGUCACCCUAGCAGGGCAUACAACCAUUGUGCUCAUCACCCUCAUUGACAGCUGUCUCCAGACCCCUAUGUAUUUUUUCCUCCGGAACCUGUCCACCAUUGAAAUUUGCUAUACAUUGGUUAUUGUCCCCAACAUGCUGGCCAAUUUCCUGUCCAGAAGCCAGCAGAUGCCCUUUCUGGGCUGUGCCCUACAAAUGCAUCUCUUCGUCGCCUUGGGUGGGGCCGAGUGUUUCCUGCUGCUCGUGAUGGCCUAUGACCGCUUCGUGGCCAUCUGCAACCCCUUGCGCUACACACUCACCAUCACCAGGGCCCUGUGCCUGCAGCUGCUGACCCUGGCGUGCCUCAGUGGCUUCGCUCUCUCGCUCACCCUCACAGUACUGAUAUUCCUCUUGCCCUUUUGUCAGUCCCAUGAGAUCAAUCAUUUCUUCUGUGACAUCCCUGCUGUGCUCUUCUUGGCCUGCUCAGACACACGAGCCAACGAGGUUGCAGUCUUCCUUGUCUGCAUGCUCAUCCUGCUGAUUCCCUUCCUGCUCAUCCUGCUCUCCUAUGGGUUUAUAAUUGCUGCCAUCCUUAGGAUCCACUCUGGGGAAGGCAGAAGCAAAGCCUUCUCCACCUGUGCCGGCCACCUCCUCGUCUCCCUUCUGCACUAUGGCUGUGCGAUAUUCAUCUACAGUCGCCCCAAGUCCUGCUACACUCCCGAGCAGGACAAAAUUGUGUCUCUGGUCUACACCAAUGUGACACCCAUGCUGUACCCUAUGAUCUAUAGUUUGAGAAACAAAGAAGUCAAGGGCGCCCUCAGGAGACUCCUGGAAAGCCGUGGCUGCUGA